AUGGGUAAUGCAGCUUCAUGUGCUCCUUCAAUGAUCUCCAGUGGGGUAGUGAAGGUCUUGCUCAGUGAUGGAAGGCUGGAAAUCUACACGAGGCCGGUGAAGGCUGCCGAGCUCAUGCUGGAGAAUCCCAGCCAGUUCAUCUGCGACGCGGGCCAUCUCAAGGUCGGCCACAGGAUUCCGGGACUUCUAGCUGACGAGGAGCUGGAACGCCGCCAGUUCUACUUCCUCCUCCCCAUGGAGAUGCUCUACUCGGUACUGACACACGAGGAGUUCACUUCUCUCAGUUACAAAGCCUCCAAGGCACUGAAGCAAGGGGUGAGUUUGAACUUUGCCAAGAUUUUCCCCGUGCUCGGGGAGUUCUGCAUGUUCCCUUCAGAAGCCAAGACGCUGGAAACGCCGGGAAACAGUCACCCGGGUCGUCCUGUCGAUAGGUACUGCAGGCAAAGAUCAUGGACUCCGGCACUUGAGACCAUUGUUGAAACUCCACCACAUAAGUUUGGGUGA